CAACUGAAGAUCCAGAGAGAGGGAAGCAGAUCUGGCAACGCUAAGCUGAGCCACCCCACCCGACCCCCUGGUCCCGAAGGGCAGCCCCUCCCCCAGCCAAGAUGUCCCAGCUGUCUGUCAAGGAACAUCUGGACGGGAUUCUCUCUGACUUUGAAGCCCUAAAGAGGUCGUUUGAUAUGGAAGAUGCGGAAGACGUCCCGGCAUUCUCUCCUUCCUCCCCGCCCCGGUCCCCUCUCGGUCCCAGCCUGCCCGGCGUCAUCCUAGCUGCCGGCAACGGGGAAGGGAGGCGAGGGGGCGGCCCCAUCCAGCCCGGCUACCAGUCCCUCCUCAGCCUCAGCUCCGACCCCAGCCCGGCUCAGAGCCCCGUCCUCAAGACCAGGAUCAGCAGCAGUCUCUCGUUCAACCGAGGCACCGUCCACCUGGCUCGGGCCAACGGGAGCCACCUCACCCGGGUCUCCUCAUUCCAAACCCGCCUGAACCCCAAUGGGUUCUCCUCGUCCUUGGGGCCGGGCAGCGACAACGAGAGCCUCCACAGCUCUUCCUCCAGCUUGGAGUGCCCGACGCCCGUCAAAGGCCUUCCGAACGCCACCCCGCCGUCCGAGUCCCCUGGCAUCGGAGUCUCCCAGCUCCCCAGUCCCACGCUGAAGAAGUUCUUCUCGCACGGCAGCGUCUUCCACACUGAGGCAGACCUGCCCGUCCAGCCAGUCUCCAGGGCGACCCCCAAUCGCGGCUCGUUGCCAUCACUUGACCUGCACAUUGCCGAAGACCCCGCCCUCUGCCCGACCCCGAGCACUGACCCGGCUGCCAAGCAGAGCUCCGGUGACCAAAACUGCAUUGCCCCUCUGUCAAAGACCAACACGUUUGCGACGAAGGAUUCCCCCACCCCACCCUUGGAGAUCGGCCAGUUGGCACACGUGACCCCUCCUGCCCCGGCCGCCAGGCAGACGGCCAAGUUGCAGAAGUUCCCCAUCAGCUUGGAUGGCUUGAUUGAGAAGAUGCCCGAGGGCUCCAUUCUGGCACCCGUGCCCGACUCGGCACCCAAGCCUUUGCCGAGGGCACAGAUCCACGUCAACCUCAGUGCCAGCCCUGGCUUGUCCCGGCAACCGGCAGAGAUAACCAAGGAGGAUAGAGCUGUUCUCAUGGGUGCUGGUUUCCCAUCACCCUCUUCGGGACGUUUUCUGGGAACAGCAAGUUCGGCAUCCUCUCCUCAGGCGACUCUCUUCCAACUCGUCCCGCCACCUCAGGUAGGGCAAGUGGCUUGCCAGCCGUCCUUUCUCGGGCCCCCACCAAUCUGGCCUACUCAAGGGACCCCAGCCACAGCCGGCCCAAGAGAACACGGCAGCGCCACGGCUAAGAGGAUCGACUCCAUCCCCAGCCAAGAGGGGUCCCGACGUCGGACUACAGCACCCGCUUCUUGUGCUAAGGAAGAUCCCCUCGCAUGGGCAAACAGAUCUCUGGAGGCCUCUUCUGAGAAGAAGGGAUCGCAAGGGAAGGCCUUGUUGAAGGAAGACAGCAGCCUGGAGCCUUUGUGGAUUAGCAUGGAAGACCAGCCGGCUCGAGGGACGCCACCCCGGGACGCCCCUGCCCCUGGAGCUGGGGACCGGGAGCUGUUUGGCUAUGUGGGGAUCGAGGCAGUCCUGGACCAGAUGCGGAUCAAGACCAUGAAGACGGGGUUUGAGUUCAACAUCAUGGUCGUAGGACAGAGCGGCCUGGGCAAGUCGACCAUGGUGAACACUCUCUUCAAAUCCAAGGUGAGCCGCAAGUCCUGCCCGGGUUACGAGGAACGCAUCCCGAAGACGGUGCAGCUCCUCUCUGUCACCCACGUCAUCGAAGAGAAGGGUGUGAAGCUGAAGCUGACGGUGACGGACACUCCAGGAUUCGGGGAUCAGAUUAACAAUCAAAACUGCUGGGAGCCGAUCCUUGAGUACAUCAAUGAGCAAUAUGAGCGCUACUUGAGAGAAGAGAUUCUCAUCAACCGCAAGAGGAAAAUCCCCGACACUCGCGUACACGCCUGCGUGUAUUUCGUGCCGCCCACGGGUCACUGGCUGCGUCCCUUGGACCUGGAGUUCAUGAGGCGGCUGAACAAGAUCACCAACAUGGUCCCCGUCAUUGCCAAAGCGGACACCCUGACCCUGGAGGAGCGGGCAGAGUUCAAACAAAGGAUCCAAAAGGACCUGAAGGCUCACGGCAUCCACGUUUACCCCCAGGAGGACUUUGACAACGACUCCGACGACAGGCUUUUGAAUGACAAGAUACGGGAGAAAAUCCCUUUUGCCGUGGUGGGAGCGGACAAGGAGCAUCAGGUGAACGGGAAGAAAGUCUUGGGCCGCAAGACCAAGUGGGGGAUCGUUGAAGUGGAGAACCCCGCCCACUGCGAGUUUCCUUUGCUGCGGGACCUCUUAAUUCGGUCUCACCUCCAGGACCUCAAAGACAUCACCCACAAUGUGCAUUACGAGCAGUACCGCAUGUACCGCCUCCACGAGAGCAACCAGCCGGCCAAGGGCGGUGAGCAGUUGAGCUCGGUCAAUGGGGAGCCGGAAAGCCACCUUUGAACUGCGGGGGCAGCGCCGCCUCCCUUCCCGCUCUGCUGCCUCGU